UGACCAGCAGAGUAUAAAGACAGAGACAGUUCGCAGCAGAUCAACAACAUCGAUCAGGGGGACAUCAAAAAAGCCGGUGGGACUGCAGACUGCCAGUGAAACGGACCGUGUUCAGAGCCGCGGCAGAGCUGCGGUCGUCCACAGGAAGCUAACUCUGUUUAGCCGCUCAGCUUCGAAAGCACAAACAAGCUAACAGCGUCUGUCAGCUGUCAAUAAACAGCCAUGGCAAUCAAUAAAGCCAAAGUCGCUGUAGGUUUCAUAGUUGCCGGUGUCCUGACCGUCUUUUUCGGGACGGUUCUGACGUUUGUGGGACCGAUAAUCAUCGACGACCAGAUAGUGAAGAACACCGUGAUCGACCCCAAGAAUGAGAUGUCCUACACCAUGUGGAAGGACGUCCCCGUGCCCUUCUUCAUGUCCGUCUACUUCUUCCACGUCCUCAACCCGAAGGAGAUCCUGAAGGGCGAGAAGCCCAUGUUGGAGCAGAGGGGUCCCUACGUGUACAGGAAGACCAUCCGGAAGGACAACAUCACGUUUCAUUCCAACUUCACCGUGUCCUACAGGGAAUACAGACAAUACCACUUUGAGCCGACCAUGUCUGCCGGGAGCGAGUCCGACGUCAUCAUGAUUCCCAACAUGUUGGUGCUGGGUGCGGCAGUGAUGUUGGAGAAGCUACCCUACCUUACGCGUAUAUUGAUCAGUACCACCUUCAAGACUUUCGAGGAGGGGCCCUUCCUGAACAAGACAGUGAAGGAGCUCAUGUGGGGUUAUGACAGCAAACUGGUUGAUUUCCUCAAUAAGUACUUGCCCGGCAUGCUGCCCACCACCGGAAAGUUCGGCCUCUUUUCUGAAUUCAACAACUCCAACACCGGCCUGUUCACCAUCAACACCGGUCAAGACGACAUCAGGAAAGUCCACAAAGUCGACUCCUGGAACGGCCUGACGGAGCUGAGCUACUGGCGCACCCCUGAGUGUAACAUGAUCAACGGAACAGCUGGACAGAUGUGGCCUCCGUUCAUGACCAGAGAGAGCACUUUACCUUUCUACAGUCCCGACGCCUGCAGAUCUAUGGAGCUCGUUUACCAGCGUGACGGUGUGAUGAACGGCAUCCCUCUGUACCGAUACGUUGCGCCCAAGACGCUGUUCGCCAACGGGACAGACUACUCCCCCAAUGAAGGCUUCUGCCCCUGCAGACAGUCCGGCCUGCUGAACGUCAGCACCUGCCGACACGACUCUCCCUGCUUCAUCUCCCAUCCUCACUUCUUCAAUGCCGAUCCGGUGCUGCUGGACUACGUACAGGGUCUUAAUCCGAACGAGGACGAACACGGCCUCUUCAUCGACAUUCACCCACAAACAGGUGUCCCGCUGAACGUGUCCAUCCGCCUGCAGCUCAACCUCUACAUGAAGACUGUGGCAGGAAUUACAGAAACUGGCCAGAUUUCCGAGGUGGUGAUGCCAAUGAUCUGGUUCGAGGAGAGCGGCUACAUCGACGGCCCGAUCCUCAAAACCUUUCACACGAACCUGGUCAUCCUUCCUACGGUGAUGGAGUCCGUGCAGUACGGCUUCAUCGUCCUCGGCCUGGCAACCGUAUUAAUUGCCAGCCUGAUGUUGCACAGAGAGAAGAAGCGUGUUUCCGGCCCCAGAGAUCAUUUGAGGGGGGUGGACAACCCUGCGGCAUCCCAUAAAGAGCAGAUAAAAGAGUCACAUGACCAUGAAACAAAGGACAAAAGUUUCAUGAAUAAUUCAGAGAAAUAAACACGACGGCUGUGUUGCCUCAUCAAGCACUUCAACCGGAGAGAAAGACCCUCUACUUCAAGACAACAUGGACUGACACACACACACACACACACAUGAACAUAUAUAUACACAAACAUCAUCACACGCACACAGCUGGACUUGUGGACCUCGCAUCAUCCCAGCAUCUUGAACUGAAACACUGUCACUUGGUGCUCUGCUCAGUGUAUUUUGGAAGCGCCGGUGAAUCUUUGCCAUAUUUCGCUGUACUGUAAAAGUUGAUGAAACUCUCGGCCAGAGACUCACGUUCACUUUUGUAAAUGUGUUAAUGUCGCAGCUGCUGAGGGUUGAGACUGUUCGUGUCUCUCUCAGGCAGAGCAGGUGAAGACAUUCUGUCACUUUCAACCACUUUUUUUUGUAUCAAGUAAAACAAAAAACAACUCACUCCUCCAGUUAUGCGUGAAAGACGUUGCCUGGUGGUUUUUGAAGAUCACCAGCUUUGAUCUGAAACACUUUUUAUAGUUUUAUCACUUCAUCAUCAGGAGCAGCAGGAGACGGUCAUCGUGGUGGCUGCUCUUUUUUUUUUUCUCUUUUAAAAGAAAUGUUUCUGUAUCGACAACAAGGGAACUUUCUCUGUCUGUACAGUGUUUUUAAAAACCAACGUGCCUUCGUUCAGGGGAAACAUUUCUGUGUGGGACGAACCUCUCGUGUUUUCACGUGCACUAAAAUGAUCACAGAGAUGAAACUGAAUUUGUUGUCGAGGCUCGAGCGGAGCGAACGCCCUCGUCUUUGUACACUACUGUCCUCUGUAAAGGCCUGACUGGAUAUCUUUAAAUGGAUGUGAGUGAUGUAGUUUUGUGUCAAACGCCUCCUCCUUGUAUUAAAUGAGUGAAUGAAUGAAAAGAAACUAUGUGAAAUAAAUGUGCUUUUGUUUGAAAUUCUA